AUGGCCAGGCUUAAUGAAAUGCCGGCGCCGGCAGAGAGCAUCGAAACGCUUCGUAAGAAGAUGCUUCGCCAGAAUAGGGAACUCGCAAAGACAAAUAAUAUUCGGGCCUUACGAAUUCGAGAGCUGGAAAACGAGUGCGCCUGUAUGCUAUCCGAAAACCUCGAACUGCGCAGUCGCAUACUGGAGCUGGAGAAACAAGUCGGGGACAAUGAAUCGCAGAGAAUCGCAGAUCACGCAAUGGCCAUCAAGGCCAAACUGGAAUCGCAGCUCACGGAAUGGGGCUCGCUUAUUGCUGAAUUAGGCCUUGAGCCUCCCGCAAAGCGACAUUCGCCCAUGAUUAGGAGAAGGCCGAAGCAGACUAUGGGCUUCAGCGCAAGUCGCCCCAGUCCGUCCCAGAGGAGGCUACGCGAAAUCGCAAGAGAUGUUGAGGAAUUGGGCCACAUUUCGGAAAAUAAGAGCUAUUCACGAAGAUCUAUGAAUCCUGAACAAAUCAUGGCGCUCCGAUCAGAAGCUGAUUUCGAGGCUGAAUCACCAGAAUUGGGCCCUCCACCAAUUUCUAAAUAUAUUGAAGAAGACCCAGUGAAAAUCGACUCACCGACUAGAUCAAAGCCCCUAAAGGAUGACGAUGAAAUUUCGAAUGACAGUUCGAAAGCGAGAAAACUUGAACCGCCAGUUUCUCUGUCCAUCUCAAAAUCAAACAACAAUCAGGGCAGCGUAUCAUCUCCACCUAUAGAAGUAGAAAGGAAAAAAGAGCAGAACGAGCGGCCCGUGAUAGCGCCAAGACGUGGGCGACCACCUAAAAACACACCGAUUGAACCCCUUAAGGCCGGGUCAAAACGAAAAUUUGGAGCUCGAGACGAUGAGGAGUAUACUCAACCUCAAAAAGUGACGGACGAGAACAGUAUUAGCAAGACAUUGGGGGAAAAGACACUGCUUCGCGGCAAGGCUGAUGGAAGAAGUGUCAACGAUCUGGCCAAGCUGAGAAAGAGUUCACAGCAAGAUCUCUCAGAGAACAUCCGAAAACCGCUAUCCGCCAAGAGCACUAACGACGAUGUCAAUUCUCCAAAGAAGAUUCCCAAAUUGAAAUCAUCUAUAGUUGAUGAUAUUCUAGCAGCUAAGAUCAACGCAGCAAAGCCAAAAGCUGCACCCGGGAGACCACCAAAAUCGACAAAGCUUUCGUCCGUCAAGGCCGAAACUGUGCCUAUUCUUACUGUUGAACCUCACAAACUAUCAGACGAUAUGCAUGAUUUGGCAGCACCCAUCAGAGAAUCUUCUUUAUUCUCACCCUCUUCUCCGGCAAUAGCUACACUGCUCGAUGGAUCACGGGGAGACACGCCUCCGCCAAAUGAUAUCUCGUCUAGCGGAGAAACAUCACGGCCUAGUAGGCGGAAUCGGAUGACUAUCAGCUAUGCCGAACCCAACUUGAGAGUGAAGAUGCGACGACCUACAAAAGAAUUGUUUGAUGCGGUAGCUGGAGAGGGCAAGUAUGCUCGACGAAUUAGCAACUACGAUCCUGCCAUGUCUGAAUCAGCAAAAACCCAGCGGCAGAUUGAAGCGACGGAUAUUGCUCCAGAAAGUGGCAAUGUUCCAGCAAGUCCAUUGGCAACAAAACAACUCACCACUGAUGUCCUUUCUGGCGUUACAGAGCGACGAAAACGUUCCUCCAGUAUAGCACCAAAGGCGACGGAAACUGCAAGCGAUAAGUUUAUGGACAUGGAAGUCACCGAAAGCAACAACCUUGAUAGCAGCGGGUUGGUAGAGAACGACGUGUACGAAUUUACAAGCGAGUCGCCCCCACAUGAGGCAGAAGAGGUCAAAGUACCGAAGAAAAGGGGUCGAAGACGGACCACAACAUCGAGGCAGUCAACUAUGAUGAUUGACGCAGACAGUGAAAGAGAAGGUAUAUCAAAUGGGGAGAAGAAUAGCUCUCGGCGAAGGAGCAUGAUGAUAUAA